UAUAAAGGCAAGAAACCCUAGCGACAGCCCGCUAUAAAAAGCAGAGCCUGACGCGGCCGGCAGCCAGAGGCAGCAAUGGGUAGAUCACGGAGGAAGAUCAAGAAAUCCCAUGCUAAAGUUCGCGUCGGGCUUCCGCGCAAGAAACCCGGUCUCUUCAAGCCCGUAUGCAUCAUCCCGAAGGCUCUAGCUGCCCCCGACGGGGACGCGGAUGCCGGAGAGGAAGGGACGAGGGAGUGGGACGCCAAGGGAAGCGUCAUCCGUAACUACAGGACGUUUGGCGUAGUCUCCAACCCCAAUAUCCGUAGCGCCGUGUCGCUCUCUCAUCAGAUCGCAGAGUGCCCCGCUCUCCAGCUCCCUGACCGUGAAUCUGCUCCUGUUUCGGAGUUCGACUCAAUUGACAGCGGCAGCGAUCUUGAAUCCGAUGAAUUGAAGUCUGCGCUUGGGAAGAUGCGUAGGGAUGGAAAAGUAGCACCUACUCAACCACUGACUUUUAUGCAACGCGUUCAUGUUGGGAAGUUAAUUGAAAAAUAUGGUGAUGAUUAUCAGGCCAUGUUCAGGGAUACGACGUUAAAUCGAAUGCAGCAUUCUGUUGCGUCACUGAAGAAGUUAUGCCAAAGGUACUAUUCUCGGGGCAAGCUCUUCGUCACAACCUAAGAACCAAAUUGUGGACGUCGAGGGUGCUCAACACGGUUACAAUUGUCCCUGCACAUCCUUUAGUUGCUCUUUUUGCAUGUUUGGAAUUAGAGGAUAUAAAUAUAUUUGGCAUGACAUUGUUGAAUUAUGUAGUUCUCUUUUCUGAAGGGAAAAAAAAAUACAAACGCCAACGUUUUAAAA